AUGACGACCCUGCGAUCCCCGAGGAGGGCGUGGUGUGUGUGUCUGUGUGUGUGUGUGCUCUCUGGCGGUGCCGCAGGCUUCUCUCACGGGGCCGCGUCAUCGUCCUGUCGGGAUCUGAAGCCGGGUCACGUGGGCGCUCAGCACACACACCACACACACACACACCCGGCCUUCACCCUGCAGCCCAGCCGGACCGAGUAUUUACCACAACAGACCCUCACAGUGUCCCUGCGCAGCGCGCGUCCCUUCAUGGGCUUCCUGCUGCAGGCGCGGGCGCUGCGGGACGACGCGGUGGUGCUGGGCGAGUUCCUGCGGCCGCCGCCGGGCACCCAGCGCACGCGCUGCCUCCAGGACGGGGACACGCUCACGCACGCCGACAAGCAGCUCAAGAGGAACAUGUCCUUCACCUGGAGGGCCCCGCAGCAGCCCAGCGGAGACCUGCGCUUCUACAUAACAGUGGUUCAGUCCUACUUUGUGUACUGGUCACGAAUCCAGUCAGCUGUGGUGCAUGAUGGGACUCGUAGUUUACUGAGGAUAAUGAAUAGCACAGCAGGCGUGAUCAGGAAUAGCCAGGACAAACUACGGACUACCAGCUUAAGCACAUUUAGCUCAACUCACACCCCUCUGGUUCCAUCCAUCUCCCCCCUCAUGGACCCCUCCCCUGCCCCACGUUUCUCCUUCCCUGACCCCGUGACCCCUCUCGCCCCCCCGCCCCGCCCCACACCCCUGCCCCCCUACCGUCACCCCAACCACUCCGCUCCACCGCUGCUGCUGCCCCCUCUCGGAAGACCUUCCAGGCCUCCAGCCACGGAAGGGGGGCGUCCGCGCGACGGCGCGCCCAGGAACAGGGCCCCGGAGCUGGGCCUGCUGCUGGGCUGCUCGGCCGGCCUGGGCGUGCUGCUGACGCUGGGGCUGCGCUGCCUGCACCGCCGGUGCUGCCGCAAGCACAGCGAGCUGCGUCUGAGCGAGCGAGGAGGAGGAGGAGGUGGAGGAGGAGGAGGAGGGGAGUUACUACAGGUGCGCAGGAUACGCCAGAACAGCCUGCUGCUGCUGCAGACGGAGUACAACCUCAUUACGCCACCAGGGAACUGA